AUGCGGGGAGGGAGGGAGUAGAAAAAGGCAAAAAGUCUUUGUGCUUCCCUUCCCCCUCAUCAAAGCAAAGGGGAAAUGUCUCUUUCCAAAGGAGGGAAGAAAAAGAACCCUGGGCUGAAGCUGGCCAAAGAAGUCUUCGCACCGCCCCCACCGGCAGUAGCAGCGCCCCCUCGGGAUCUCGACUCCAAAGCUUGCGUCACAAUCGGAGACCAGAACUUUGUGGUGAAGGCAGAUGACUUGGAGCAGAUUGCUGAGCUGGGCAGGGGAGCGUAUGGCGUCGUGUAUAAGAUGAAACACGUGCCCAGCGGUGUGAUAAUGGCCGUUAAGAGGAUCCGAGCUACUGUUAACACACUGGAGCAGAAGAGGCUCCUGAUGGACCUGGACAUCUCCAUGCGGACGGUGGACUGCUUCUACACCGUCACUUUCUACGGCGCCCUCUUCAGAGAGGGCGAUGUCUGGAUCUGCAUGGAACUGAUGGACACUUCGUUGGAUAAGUUCUACAAGAAGGUCAUUGAGAAAGGCAAGACCAUACCAGAGGACAUCCUGGGCAAGAUCACUGUAGCUAUUGUCAAGGCAUUAGAUCACUUGCACAGCCACCUGUCAGUCAUCCACAGAGAUGUGAAGCCCUCCAAUGUUCUCAUCAAUACUCAGGGGCAAGUGAAAAUGUGCGACUUCGGCAUCAGCGGCCACCUCGUGGACUCCGUCGCCAAGACCAUGGACGCCGGCUGCAAGCCAUACAUGGCGCCUGAGCGCAUCAACCCUGACCUCAACCAGAAAGGCUACAGCGUGAAGUCGGACAUAUGGAGUCUCGGUAUCACAAUGAUCGAAUUGGCCAUCCUGAAGUUCCCUUACGACUCGUGGGGUACGCCUUUCCAGCAGCUGAAGCAGGUGGUGGAUGAGCCUUCUCCUCAGCUGCCCGCCGACCGCUUCUCACCCGAUUUUGUCGACUUCAUCUCCCAGUGUUUAAGUAAGAAGCCCAACGAGAGACCAGCUUAUUCAGAAUUGAUAAAACAUCCGUUUUUCACCCUGCAUGACUCCAAAGACACAGACGUGGCCAGUUUUGUCAAGGUCGUCCUGGACGACUGA